AUGCCUCCACUCACCUCUCCAUCUGGCUGUGUCAGCUGUGCCAGCCUGGCUGUGAAGAUUCUGGAGCUGGAAGGAAGAAUCUCCACUCUCUACAAGAUCCCGGAAGCCAAGAAACAUCUUGAUACCAUCGUCUUCAAACCGGCACAAUCUGACACAAGUAGUGGUCUGCAGCCUGAUCCCACCGCUCCUACUACUGCUGCUGCUGUGUCCACCUCUACUCCAGAACCUGCUGUCACCGCUCACAGUCCUGCCGGAGAAUCAGCAUCUCCUUCUGAGCCUGUCACCACUCACGGUCCCGCUGCUCCUCCGCUCCCCAUCUCUGAUGACUGCUGGGCUCGGUUCGGUGCUAAGCCCAAGGGUCUGGUCAGCUCGACUCCAUCCGAGCCAUGGUCGUGGGUUGGUCCCCACAGCAGGAGAGGGAAGAGUUCCCCUCAGGCACGUCCUGGCCCACCCCCACCGGCUGCUCCUCCUCUGCCCCGUCUCCCUUCUGUCUCACCUACCUCUCCAGUGAAGCCACCUUCACCAGCCGCCACCCCUCCCCCCCUGCUGCGGCCGCUCAUCAGCGCGCUGCUCCUCCGCCUCGCUCCUCCGGCCACAGCCAUGAGAAGCUGGCCGAGCAGCGCUCAGGUCCUUCGCCUCACUUUUUCAUCCGAGGAUAUCCAGCGACAAAGGAUACUAAAGCUGCUGAGGUUACUGAGUCCGCUGACCCAGUGCUGGUUAUUGGGUCGUCUAUGGUCCGUCAUGUCUGCGUUGACAAAUGCCGCACUUCAUGUCACCCAGGUGCACUCGUUAGCGACGUCCGCACCUCCGUCCUGCGUCUCCUACGUCACUGCCCAUCUGUAUCCACAGUAGUGAUACAUGCGGGCUCAAAUGACUUAAAGCUGGAGCAGUCUGAGAAACUGAAAGUGGACUUCAUCUCCCUCAUUGACAGUGUUCUUAAUUCAAACAAACAAUGCGUCAUCUCAAGCCCAAUACCAUCCUCCCCUUUUGGAGAUGUAAAAUACAGCCGUCUCAGACAACUUCACAUCUGGCUCAAGGACUACUGCUGCAACAGACGCAUCCCAUAUGUGGACAAUUUCACCACCUUUUUCAAGAGACCAGACCUAUUUAAACACGACCGCCUCCAUCUCAACUACACUGGAUCUCGUCUGUUAUCCACAAACAUUGACCUCACACUACACUCCUGCAAAGCCUUCAUUCCGUGA